CAUCAACGUCCUCGCAGUACAUCACAGGCAGCCAUGCCGUCGACUUUGGGAUCACGACGAAGAAAGCAUGCUUCUGAGAGUGCGCCUUCUAAGCACCGUAGACGGAACGAGGAGGACGAGGAGCGGGACCUAGAGUCACGGCUCUUCGGUUCCCGCAAGCCUAAGCGCGAGGCUGUACUGGAUGACGCCUUGUCCUCCGACGACGAAGAGACAGGGCUGGGAUGGAUGCAAGACAGCGAGCUGUUCACUGUCGAUCUUCCUGGCGCUGGCAAUGGUGAUGUGUCCGAAGACGACCUAGAGCCUACCAUCGAGCUCCCAGAAAUCGACGCAGCACCCUCUGCAGCAGCGAAGAGGACAGCCAGCGUGUGGAGCGAUCCUGCUGAUGACACCAUUGUCGUGUCGCUUCAUGAAAACAAGAGGCUUCGGAAGCUCAAGAAGAACGCGACGAAUGCUGGGGAGAAGACGGACGGCAAGGAGCUGCAGGCGAGGUUACGAGCGCAGUUCGAGCAACUCCACCCCAAGCCUGAGUGGGCGUCCCGAAGGCUGGAAGGAUCCGCCCCGUCCAUCCACCGGCUCCUCAACUCUACCACUUCCCUGAUCGCGCAGCCCGAGUCGACACGGUCCCCUCUCCAGCCCGGUUUCCUGGAUAUCCAGAGGCUUCGUAAUGCCAAUGAGCAGAACCCGACGACUGGCAAGAAGCAGGCAUCAAACGCUGGCUUUGGCGUAGUGGACCUCGCAUGGCACCCAUCACCACGCGUUCCAGUCCUCGCGGUCGCAGGUGGUGAUAGGCGGGUUCGAUUCUUCAAUAUCGAUGGCCAUACAAAUGCCCCCUUGUUGACACUCAACAUUCCCUCGCUGCCGCUCAAAAGGUCGACGUUCCACCCGUCGGGAUCAUCAGUUCUACUGGCCGGCUCACGCCCAUUCUACUACACGUACGACUUGGCGGCGCAGGCCUGCAUUCGCUCUCCGCGGAACUUGUUCGGCUCCUCGCCCACCCCUUCGAGCCCCCAGUCUCUUGACCGCCAUGCUUUCUCGCCAGACGGUAGCUUGCUGGCAGUGGCCGGUAGGCGUGGCUGUGUAAGCGUGGUGGAGUGGGGCAGCGGCGGCAGCAAUGGUGUUGUCGUUGCGGAAUUGCGCAGCGGCCGUGGAGGGACCGUUGCUGAUUUGACCUGGAGCGACGAUGGUUCGCAACUGAACGUCUUGGGGGGUGCCAAUGGCGACGAGGUCGAGGUGUGGGACAUUGCCGAGCGCAGCGUCCUUCGCCAAUGGAAAGAUGACCGAGCCUAUGGUGGUCUUGUCAUGCGCAAUAGCAACGCAUACACGGCGAUCGGCACUGGUAUCGUCAACCUUUACCGAAACGCAGCAUUGGCCGGCGAUACCAAGCAGGCAAAUGCUGUAGAGCCAUUCAAGUCACUGGAGCAUUUGACCACUCCCAUCAGCUCGAUUGCUUUCCACCCCUCAGACGAGAUUGUCGCCUCGGCCAGCGGCUCGAAGACUGAUAUGCUGAAACUUUACCACCUUCCCUCCGGCGCCGCCUUCUCCAACUGGCCCACAUCCUCGACACCACUGGGUCGCGUCAACACUGUCAAAUUCUCCCCUGGUGGAGAGUACUUGACGACAGGCAACACCAGGGGCGCCGUACUGUUGUGGAGCCUGAAGCAUUAUGCUGUAGAUCAAUAGUUAGGGCGAUGGGGUAGCAUGUCACUUCCUAGAGUCCAGUGA